AUGACCCUCCUCAUGGCUGAAAACGGCAUCUCAGUCUCGAUCCAAGACCCCUCCUCCAAAACAGUCGACGCCCUGAUGAAAUCCGCCAAAGAACAGGGAAUCCACUCCAAGCUCUCCAAAUACGAGAACUACAAAGACCUCGCUGCCUCCCUCGGCUCCCCAAAAGUAAUUUUCUUCUCGCUGCCGCAUGGAACAGUAGGAGACACGGUCGUGGAAGGACUGUAUAAGUAUCUUGAUAGGGGGGAUAUUAUUGUCGAUUGCAGUAAUGAGGAGUGGGUGAAUACGCAGAGACGGCAAGGCAAGUUGGUGGCGCAGGGAGUAUAUUAUAUUGGCUGUGGCGUGAGUGGUGGGUAUCAGGCUGCGAGAAGGGGACCGAGUAUGUGUCCUGGGGGCCAGGAGGCAGCGCUCGAUAUCAUGCUGCCGCUUUUUGAGAAGAUGGCUGCGAAGGCUGCCGAUGGGACGCUUUGCGUGGCGAAGAUUGGGAUGGGAGGGGCGGGGCAUUAUGUCAAGAUGAUUCAUAAUGGGGUUGAGCAUGGCAUGAUGAGUUGUAUCAGUGAGGCGUGGGAGAUUAUGAACAAGCAUAUGGGUAUGAAAUAUGAUGAUAUCGGAAAAGUCUUCGAAAAGUGGUCAACGGAGGGAGAACUCAAAAACACCUUCCUCGUCAAAAUCGGCGCAGAAAUAUGCGAGAAAAAAGACAAAUCCGGAUACCACGUCCUCGGCGACGUGCAAGACAAAGUCGUGCAAGACAUCGACGGUUCAGAAGGGACAGGAAUCUGGUCCAACAUGCAAGCUACCUCUCUCCACGUCCCCGCCCCAACGUUGUCAACGGCUCAUUGCCUACGAGUCGUGUCCGCUUUCCGCGGGCAACGGAAACACGUCGCUGAAACAUUCCACGGUUCCUUCUUGCCCUCAAAGUUCACGUUCUCCUCCUCGUCAGAACAAGAUGCUUUCAUCGAGGACCUCCGUCUUGCUGUGUACAGCACGUGUCUAGCAGCGUAUGUGCAAGGGAUCAGCAUCAUCGACGUAGCAGACAAGCAAAACAAAUGGUGCAUCGACUUCGGCAACGUCGUGCAGAUCUGGCGCGCCGGCUGCAUUAUCCAAGCGGACCAUAUCUCCUCUCUCCUCGCGGAGAUCUUCCACCCUUCCUCUACCUCGAUCUAUAAAAACCACAACCUCUUGUUUGAGCCAAGCAUUGUUGCGGCUCUGAAGAAAGGCUUUGAGAGCUUGAAGCGAGUGGUGGCGAAGGGUGUGCAGGAGAAUGCUGUUGUGCCGAGUAUGAGUGCUACGUUGGAGUGGUUGAAGUACAUGGGGAAUUUGGAGCUGCCGACGCAGUUUUAUGAGGCGGAGUUGGAUUAUUUUGGGAAGCAUAUGUAUGAUAGUAAGGAGAUGGAUGGGAAGCUGGAUACGGAUUACCAGGUGCCGGUGACGGGGAAGAGGCAUUUUGAGUGGAAGCCUGCAUAA